AUGCGCGUGGAGAGAAGGAGGAUGACUUUGGAAAAUGCCAGGUCGCACGUUCAUCAAGGAAGAGGCGAUCGCUUCGAAGGGGGCUCGAGGCGAAAGAUGUCAUGGGAGCCACCCAAGAAAGAACAAAACCACAGGAGAGAUGACAACAACAAGGUCAGCGUUAACCGAGAAGAGGUAUCCGCUCAAGAUAAAGGUGAUCAGAGCCAACAGACACGAGGAGUGCGCUGUUAUAACUGCAAGGGCAAAGGCCAUAUAGCAAAAGAUUGUAAGAAAAGAAGAGAACUUGGUAGUAGGGCCACUAAUGUGGUAUCGGAAGAAGCCAAUGGCGACAGUAAACCGCGCUCCGAAAUCUCGAUAGUACCAUUAAGAGUGUUGCAGCGGAUCGAGAGGGAAGGCCAUAGGCUGCGAGAGCAUCCAGUGGACAAGGACAAGAGCAUUUUCGAUGCGUCAGGAAACCGAAUGAAAUUUGUGAAGGUGGUCGAAGUGCCGCUGCAGGAGGGCAACAACAGGGAAAUAACGCUGCAGAUGCAUGUGUGUCCACAGAAUGGGACUAUGCUAGUUCUGGGUACGAAUGCCUUGAAAGCGCUCAAUUAUGUGUUAAUUCAACACUCGGACGACUAUCCCAGACAAGAGAAAGAUGCCAAGGAAGCAACCAUUGGAGCACCCUAUGAAGACGAAAACACAAAUAAGGCCGUAGUAGGCAGGAGAGCGUAUGUCGCUCCGGGCGAAUUCAAAUGGGUGACACUCAAAGGGAAAGCGCAUGCGGGUGAACACAUGCUGCAUUCAUGUUGCGAGUGGAUAUUGUCAGGGUUGUGUUCUAUAGACGAAGAUGGCGUAACCGAAGUACCAGUGUGGAAUGCUACGUCGGAGGCUCUGGUGUUGAAAGUCAACCAAGAGGUGGGCACUUGGGAGCCAAGUGGUGCCGAAUAUGCCAAAGUAGCGGCGAGAGAAGCCAACGACAUGCUGGUCGUAGGUAAACCUGCUCUCCAGACUGAAGAAAGGUGGCGAAUACUGAAUACGUAUCUGAGAGACAACAGGGAGAAAGGGCUAGCGGACGAACCUGACUUGUGGAGACUUGGUCGA